AUGCAGCCACCUCAGAUUCUUCGAGUGGCCGCAAAAGAAGUGGACAUUUCGUGGCAGGCACUGGACACCUCAGAAGCAUCAGCGCCCGGUGGCCCUUUUCCACAAAUUGACGCCUCCGAAUUCACAUAUGACAUCGUACUUUUCGAAAGCGUUGGUCGCAUCGUUAGUAGUUACAGAUGUGAGCCGGACUCCGGUAAUCGUGUACGCCUGUGCCGCCUUCGACCAAACACGGAAUACUAUGUUCAACUUAGAGCCUCUCUGGAAGAACGUGGAUUGCAGGGCAAUCCAUCGCCAGCCGUCAAAUUCCGAACACUUACAACAGUGCCGGAAUGUCCACAUCCUCCACGACUUGUUUCACGUACGCACAACUCGAUUACGGUUUCAUGGCGCCCAGCUAUCGAUAAUGGAUCCCCAAUCACAUGUUACCGUCUAGAAUUGGCUCCGGAUCGUCAAGAUGAUGAAGACCAGCAUGAAGUGGUUUAUGAAGGUUUGGCCGAGCAGUGUAGAAUCAAAGGCCUGGCGCCAUCAACGCGGUAUCGAGUUCGUCUGGUCGCAGCAAACAGUGAUGGCGAUUCGUUGCCGUCUGCACCGAUAAGCGUUUGUACAUCAGCGAUGUUCCAUCCACCAAAGCAGCCGCACUGUCCACAGCUUGUCUCAUUGACAUCAACAUCCGUCAAGCUCUCCUGGAAUACCCAGCCACAACACUCAUACACGCUGGAAAUGUCAGAUGCACGAACAAAUGAAUAUUCCAUAGUAUGCGAACGAGCGCAGCAGUCAUCGGCCAGUAUAAAUGAUCUUGCAAGCAAUCAUCAGUAUCAGUUCCGCUUGAUCGCUCAUAAUGAUGCGGGUGUCAGCGACCCGUCAGAGGCGCUUAUCCUGGAAAUGUCAGAUGCACGAACAAAUGAAUAUUCCAUAGUAUGCGAACGAGCGCAGCAGUCAUCGGCCAGUAUAAAUGAUCUUGCAAGCAAUCAUCAGUAUCAGUUCCGCUUGAUCGCUCAUAAUGAUGCGGGUGUCAGCGACCCGUCGGAGGCGCUUAUCGUACUCACGCCACCGUCUCCCUCAAAUAUGCCUGGUUCGCCAACACCGAUUCCCUCCCGGCCACAUAUCAUCUCGAAUAAUGGCGCAUCUCUUGAAAUUGGCUGGAAACUGCCAAGAGCGAAUGAUAAGGACGUUAGUUUCAUUGUCGAAGGGAGUUCGGAUGAAAAAGGACCGUGGAACGUUGUGUACAAAGGUGGUGCAACAAAUGCACUGAUUCGAGAUCCUGAAAUGCGCUUCUUCCGUGUAUCGGCUCUGAAAAAGCAGACACAGAGCGGCUGGAGUGACAUUUUACGUGUUCGACGAGAGGAGAAGCAACGUACGGUACUGGUUCCACGACAGUGUGCAGCGCCGAAAAUUUCUGAAAUAUCGAAAGGCUGUCUUCGAAUUCAGUGGAAUCCACCGGAAGGUGCAUCGCCCUCGUUGAUUUAUCAGCUCCAUCGUGUCAACCAGCAGCCUUCAAGUAUCAUUUAUCAAGGUGAAGCAACAAUGUUUGACUUGGCAAACUGCGCUCCGGGCGAAGAGCUGGAAGUACAGGUUCGGGCUGUGGCAACAAAUUUUGAUGGAACACGUCUGGAGGGCGAAUGGAGUCGUGUGGCAGUCGGCCGAACUGCCGCACAGCCACCGCCACCACCAACUGAUGUUCACGUUGAUAGCAACAAUGUAUUGCAUUGGUCACCACCAAAUAGUACGAACGGUGCCCCGAUCACGGAGUAUAUCGUCGAGAGAGUGCUCAUUCGUCCUUCCUCCGUGCCUGUGCCUGAGAAUGAUGGCGAUCAGGCAACAAGCGCCGAUUGCGGCUGGACGAUGAAGCGGGAAAGCGCCGAGGUGCACAGCAUGAGCGUGGCUGAGGGACAACCCGGUUGCAAGUAUCAGCUCAGUGUUUUGGCGGUGAGCAGUGGCGGUACGAGUGUUCCAAGCGAAUGUAUCUAUCUUUCAAUUCCACCUCGGCCACCUGCACCUCCUCCCUCAUUCCACACUCUUGCACAAGGAUGUAGACAGUUACAAGCACGGUGGCGAGCACCAUGCUGCAACGGGAGUGAAAUUACUGAAUACACCAUCCGUGUCCUCGAUGAUUCCUCCGAUAAUGAAGUCCGUACCAUCCAACAACAGGCCUCUUUAUGCGAAUGUGUCAUCGACUCACUUGAGCCCGACCACACCUACAGGUUAUCAGUGUGUGCAGUGAAUGCAGUUGGAAUGGGUGCUCCAGCUUGGGCAACGGCUACAACGUUAGCGCCACCACCAUCGCCACCUAACCUCCUCUGUUCGGAAGCAGGACCAAAUUACCUGAAGCUCAAAUGGAAACCACCGGGCAAUGCGAGCUUAUCCACCGCCACACAAUAUUACUAUUACCUUGAGAAGGAAAACGAUAAUGGCAAAUUUUCACCGGUUAGUCUUUUUUUUGCAUAA